CCCAGGGCGGGGAUGGGGCCGCCGGCCGGAAGGGAGGGAGGUGGCGGCGGCCGGCGGCGGCGGCGGCGGCGGCGCGGGGGUGCCGCGGCAGAGGGCAACGCGGACUGGAUGGGCUCGCUGCCGGCGGCGCUGCGCUCCUACCCGCUCUCCAACCUGGCCAUCCCGGGGUCACAUGAUUCUUUCAGCUACUGGGUUGAUGAGAAAUCUCCUGUGGGACCGGACCAAACCACAGCCAUCAAACGUUUGGCCAGAAUUUCCUUGGUUAAAAAAAUCAUGAAGAAAUGGUCAGUAACUCAGAAUUUGACUUUCAAAGAGCAGUUGGAAGGUGGGAUCCGCUACUUUGAUCUUCGUGUAUCUUCCAAACCUGAGGAAAUGGGACAAGAGAUUUACUUCAUACACGGCUUGUUUGGCAUCAAAGUAUGGGAUGGGCUGAAGGAGAUUAACACUUUCCUUGAGCAGCACCCCAAGGAAGUAAUCUUCUUGGAUUUCAAUCACUUCUAUGCCAUGGAUGACAGACAUCACUUCUUCCUGAUCAACAGGAUCCGCUCAGCCUUUGGAUCCAAACUUUGUUCCAUUCAAUGUGUAGAAUAUGUAACAUUACAGUACAUGUGGGAGAAAAAAUACCAGGUUCUCAUAUUCUACCACUACCCUUUGUAUCAGGAAUACCCUUUCCUGUGGCCGGGGAAUAAAAUACCAGCACCAUGGGCUAAUACAACCAACGUGCACAAACUGUUACAGUUCCUGGAGACCACUCUUGAGGAACGAAGUCGUUAUGGGACUUUUCAUGUUUCUCAAGCAAUUCUUACACCUCGAGUGAAUACUAUUGCACGGCAUCUAACUCGUGGUCUGAAGAACACGCUUGUCCGUAGGAACCUGCCCAUGAUUUUAAAUUGGGUGAAAGCACAGAAGCCGGGCAUCAGGGGUGUGAACAUAAUCACAUCAGACUUUGUGGAGCUAGUUGACUUUGCUGCUACAGUGAUUGCGUUAAACGACCUCCUUUUAGAAGAGGAUGAAUCUGCAGCUGCGUGCUGAUUGCUGUGUCCCACUUGUGCUCCUCAGUGGACACAUCUUCGAGCUGUGCUAGAUCUCUUAUUUAUUAAGUGAAACCUACUGUAAUCUCUGAUUAUUUCAAAAAAGUUUUCUAGCGGAACGGUGGCUAAGCAUCACAGAGGCAGGCCCCUUCUCCCAGCGGUGCGUGGAUGGGAGCGGCGCGGAGCGUGCCGCUGCGCGUCUGUCCACGGCUGCACGUCUGGCCGAGUUCAGCCCCCCUCUGCCACGGCCCAGGGCGCUGCCCACCCGCCGCCAGGCACCCGACCCCCCCACCCCUGCCCGGUGUCGGGGUGCCCGGGCCCGCUGCGCGCACCCCGCCUGCUUCCCGACACCAGGCCCCAAACCCGGGGCCGCCGCCGACCCCGCGGCCGGCCGACCCGGCGUUGUUCUCGGGGCUCCUGGGGCGUAGCUGGGCUCAGCUGGAGGCUGCUGCUGUAGUCCUUACGCUGCUUUAGACACUACCUCCGACUCACUUGAAGAAACAAUAUUGCCGUUGUUCAGGGGGAAGCUGUUACACUGUGGUGAAUAUCCAAGUGUCCAUUGCGCCUGACGGGUGAGGGCUUGGCAUGCUCCGCCUCUGGACUCCAAACUGUUCUUCUGGACCUCUUGAUUUUAAUACUUUAAUACAUUUAUUGCGGCCAUGUUUAAGUGUGUUUCUUUUGGCAUUAAUUUGGAGAACAUUUCAGUCUUCAAAUUAUGAGGAUCAUAAUUCUCAAGCCUGAAUUCCUGUUGUGAGACAUUUUAGAAACCACAGUGCAACCUUUUUUCUUUUGCUUGCUGGGCGCUUGUCUUUUUCCAUCCCUUGAGUUUUCUUUGGGCUAAGUCUCUCACCCAGGCAGCCUUUCUCUGAAAGGAGGUGGGCUAAGUGGGAGUUUGCUUGGUAUUCAAAGAUAGAACUGGAGCUGACAAGGAAUGCUCAAAACCCAAAUAUUGAAUCUCUGAUUUGCAAUGUGAAAGUGAAUUCUGAAAUCAGACCCAAAAGUUGUUCUUGUAGUCAGAGGGCCACAGCUAUGGGGGAGAAGUUUCCCCAGCCUGCACCCACUAGUGACAAAGCAAACAAUAGUCACACAAGCCCAGGCAGGCAUCAGUGUUGCUUCUUUCUGUGGUCGUACUCAUUUUUGCGUUGAUUCACAAAAAAAUGUGACCAUGUGUGUUUGAGCCAAUGCAGUCACAUGCUGGUACUUACCAGCACUUCAAUGACUAGAUGAUAGCAGUCCUACUAUCUUAUCUUGGGUUAAAAAAAAAAAAAAAACAAAAAACACAAAAGCGACUGAUUUGCAGAUACUUCCCUGCUUGGUCAUCUUCCUAAAGCAAUUGUGGGUGCAUGAAUUAUUCAGUGUUUAUGAAUUUGUAUUAAUCUCCAAGCUAUUUAUAAUAGAAUGGAUUGUCUUUACAGAUAUUUUAUUCAAAAGAAAAGUAUAUCUUCAGAUUUAUUAUUUAUUUUAUGUACCCUGUGUCUGCCAUCACGGUUUGACAACCCAGAAAAAAAUCCAAAACAUCUUUACUUGCUUGUCACAAACUUUGAACUCAGGACAAGUUUAAAUGUUUGCAAACCUUCCAUGUGAACCUUGGCCGAGUUCUGAGCAGGCUAUAAUCUGAUUUAUCUGUUGGUUGCAUGUUUUUCAUUAGAGUUCCUUGAAUUUUUUUUUAACUGAAUCCUUUUUCUAAGGGAGUUGGGGACAGGGGGUGCCUGUCUCUCAAGUUAUCUUUCUCCUUUUCUCUUGUGUUUCAGUGAUGGGGGCAGGUCGUGAAAAUCAGUUUUGGGGGAUUAAAGCUCAAAUUUCUGGUUUAAAACUUCUUUUGAAAAUCUCAGCAGAAGGUUUUUAUUAUUUUUGGUAUUUUUUUUUCUGUUUAUGAAACUGUUGGAACUGAAUUUGAACAGCACUAUUUUGUUUUCAGAGUUAUUCAAAAUACCUGGAUUUUUCCUUAGCUGAAUUUUGUGUCAACCUACUUUUCUCAUGGCCUCAACUGAAAUUCCAUGAUAGUUUUAAAUGUAUGUGUUUGGUUUCAGGGGUCUUUUAGCUGCAAAUUGUCUUAGAGCUCAGAACUUGGAAAAACUUGGUUUGAAUGCUGGUGAGGCAGAAAUAUGUUUGCAAGAUUUCCUUGGAGGACAAGAGGAGAAGUGAAUAUGAUGUUUGCGUGUGACCCCUAAUAUAUUUUUGUACUGUAUAUAUCUACCUCAAAAGAGAUUUAUCAGGUGUAACCAGUAUUUAUAUUGUGAAUGAAGAGUAAUGACUGUUGUUAGUCCCUCUGUUGUAUUUAUUUGAAUAGAGAUGUGAUGGUUGUAACUCAGGGCUUUAGCUAGAUAUUUUUAAGGACAAACUCAGAAGUUUCUCUUAAUAUAUUUGCUGUUAGCUCUUGCCUCUUGAAAUAGGACAAAGGCAUGCAAGGUGUUAAGAGUGUUAGCAGAGGGAGAAGAAAUGGAAAAUAGCUUUAGGAUUAAUGAUGAAGUAUGUGUGGGGAGGAACCACUUCUGUGAGUUUGGCCUGUCUGAAGAGACUCGUGUGUCAUUGCAGAGCAGAGCUUGGUGUUACGCCCCUCUGGGAGGAACCUGACAGUCUCAACAGUGAGCUGAGCAAUUGGCAGAUAGAGUUGCCUGCAACAGGAUAUCUCCUGUGGAUACUGUGGGCGACAUUAGUGAUGACAUUGAGAAUUGGUUUUAGGGAACCUAAAAGCUACCUGUGGUAAUAGGCUGGUCUCUCUGGCGUAGCACUAUAACAUACCUAGAUUUGUUCCCCUGCACUUUGCAAAACGCAGCUCAUCUGGACUUGGACUUCGGGCUGCAGACUCUAUUUUCCAGCAUUAUAAAAAGGAAAAGGUGAGCUGAGCAGGACGGGAGAAUCACGGAAGCCGGGCAGUAGUCUGCAUCCAGUGCCUGAAUGGGAGGUGUGGCAGCGUUCAGCCAGGGUUCAGGCAGCAGCGUGGAGCAGGUCUGGCAGGUGAGUGACAGUGGCUGCAGCUUGUACCAAGAACCUCGGCUAAGAGUGUGGCCUCUGAGUGGGCUGCAGCUGGUACAGCAUGGAGCAGCUAACAGCCCACAAGGUUGAGUGCGUACGAGCUCGAAGGGAAGAGAGAUUGGCAUGAAUGCAGGAGAAGGCUGGGCAUUCCUUGCUUUUGGUGUAGACCUGCACCUGUUGAAUACAUUGAUUGUCUUGCUUCUAUCUUCCCCAAGCAGUCGGGUUCACUUUUAAACAGAUUGAAAACUGCCCCAGAAGAACUGCUCUGAGGACUUGGCCAUUCUGUAGGUGGUGGGAGAGGAAAAGCCAGGAAACUAGUAGCUGCUUGAGGCAAAGUACUUGAAUUCCGUAUUCUUGAAUAAUUACUUGUAUGGUUAGUUAUUACAGAUAUUAUAAAUACAGGUCUAUUACUUAGACAUUGUUUUAUGGCUGUCGUUUCUUGUCCUAAUGUGCAAUCACUGAAUGUUGAGUGUUCUGGUGGUGUGCACACUCCCCUGGCACUGAUCGCUGCCACGUGCAAUUCAAGGGCAUACCUGAGGCACAGGAGACCUCUAUAUAUAUCCCUGGUGGGAAGCAGCAAGGAGGAGUCUGUUAGGAAGCAUAUAUGAGUUUGUAGAAUCUUACUGUGUGCUUAUAGGUGAAAAUAAAGAGGAAUUAUUGCUCAAUUUUGCAGACUGACAAUCUCUUGGCUCCUUAUUUAUGAAUCUGCUGUACUAAUACAUUUAACAGCUGUGGAGCUGGGAGUUGUAAUAUUGGGGGGGGGGGUUUUGAGAACAAAAGACAGAUUGCUGCUGUCCAAUUUUAUCUCAAGAACUGAAGGGAUACUGACUUGCAUGUGCUUUGCUGUGAUAGAGAGGAUCCUGCUGGAGACAGUCCUGGCAAGGCAAGCUUGAGGAGUGCUGUGGUCAGUGAGAGAUGUCAGACUGGGAGGCUUCAGAGCAGAAAUGCUGACUGCAAAAAGGCCCCUGUUCUGGCAAUCAGAGUCUUUGGAGAAGGAAUAAUGGGAAAAUGGUAUCUUUGCUCCUAACACAUUCCGUCUUCUGCUGUGUUGGUACUGAGUUAAUAUGUUGGAGCUUAGAAAGCAUCUGUGCAGUAAAGGUGAAGAAGCACUUUUGAACAGGGAUUUUGGCUCAAACAGAAGUAGGGCAUCUGCCAAGAUGCUUAUCUAUUGUGCUCAUCUGGCUAAGCCUUUGGAAAUAUUUUCUUUGCUUACCUGUCUCAGGUGUCAGAGUUCAUUGCUGUAUCAUCUAGCAGAUCAGGGUUUGGGACUUACAGAUGAACAGAGAGCACAGCCGUUUUGAUUUAAAAUUGUGUUACCCAUGGCAGUCUGAGAGAGCAUGUGAGACUUGAGAUUUACUUGAAUAUGCAAUAUUUAAUGCAAACUCCAUAUGCAGUUUUAGUAAGGCUUUCAUCUAGACUUGAGCAUAUUGUUACCCAUCCCUAAUAAGCAAAUUCUUUGGUCAGAGGUUCACUGUUUAGGACAAAACUUCAGGCAAAUUUUCAGUGGCUGUUUAAGCACAGAGAAAUUGUGUAAUGUGAGGAACAGAACUGACCCACAACUUCAAAAUUCAAGUUAGGUCAGGAUGUAGUACUUUCAGCAGUGGAAAAGAAGUUUUUUGGUUUAGGUUUGUUUUUCUUUUUACUUUUCUGUCUGACAUUCUUAUUCCAGCUUUGGUUUAUCACUGAACAGAUGGGUGGAAGAGCCAGAACGUAUGCUGAAGAGCAAAUAAAUUUUAUACUAAGAACAUGUAUGUUGGGCUAACUGUGGUAAGACUGUAGUGAUUGACUUAGUCGUACCUUUCAAUGGUAAUCCUAUUGGCUGUUUGGUUUAGGUGGUUAAAUCAGUCUUGUUUGUAUUUAAAAAGUGAGUCUCACUGAUUCAAUACGUCUAUCUUGUUGAAGAAAUAUGUGUACUUCUGUAAAUGUAUUUGUUUCUCUACCAGACUUGUCAAGUAAAUAAACUUUAUUAUUAAUUGUAGGGAGUAGAAUACAAAUGUCAGCUUUAGAACUGUUUGCUGAAUCUAAUUAUAUUUUAUAUUCCUGAAUAUUUGUGUAUUGUGUUGCUCAUUGAAACGGUAUUUCUCGUACCCUUUGUUAGACCUGUGGUAACUUCUGUGUCUCGCUUAAAUUGAACUGCAAUAUAUUCUUAAUUCUGAAAAAAUAAUUGAUCAGUACAUCCUAUAUAAAAAUAAUUUGAUGGUUCUUUUGAUUUCUGUAAAUGUCAGAUGUAUUUUGCAGUUGAAUUUUUUAAUUUGUGCUAUUUAUACUGUGGAAGGGGGUAGAGGGAGCCAGGUGAAGAGGAGUUAACAAUUCUCAAUUUAUAUUUUGUGCAGUUUCUCUUCUUUCUCUUGGCAGUUUGUGCUUUACCCAUCUGUCCAAUUCAGUUUUGUGAAACCAGGAUGCCUCAUUUGAACUGCAGAUAAACUUGAGCUGACAUCUGUUUCUUUCUGCUUUACUCUGCGUCUAUAUCAUUGGGGUUUUUAAUCCUGAAAAUAAAAUAAAGUACAACUUGAGUUAAUCAUC